AAAUUUGAUUUAAAAAAUAGCAGUUAAAAUAAAAAUACAAUAUAAAUUUACUACAUAUUGUGGUUUUUAAACCAUCGGUGUAAUUAAAAAUCAAAAUAGUUUUGUUACCAAACUCAUUUUCGCACUAUAUUAUUUUAAUAUAAGGGAUAUUAAUCUGAAAAUAGAAAAAUGGAAGUUUUAUCAUCAGCUCGUUCUACAAUUUUAUCAGGCUUUCAAAAUUUGGAGACUAUUUGUUCUUAUGAAGGUUCCCAAAAUGAUUCGGUGGACUUUAAUUUCUUCAGUGGGACAAAUAUUUUCACACAAACAAAUAAAAAAAAUAGAUUAGAAUUUUUGCAAAUUCGAAAUAAUAAUGCUGCAGUUAGUUCAAAUAUUAGUAAUUCUUCUAAAAAUGGGACAUUUGAUAUUCAUCGCAUAAGGAAAAUGAAGAUUGAAAAUUUGCAUUGUGUUGCACCACUUAAAGCCUAUGAAAUUGCUUUGGGUAUGUCCAAUGGUGAAAUUCGAGUUCUUAAUUAUAAAUCAAAUGAAUAUAUAAGCAAAUUUUCUGCUGAAACAUCUAAACAUAGCGUAAUAAGUUUGGAUUAUAGUUCGUUAGAUGAAUGUCUUGCAUGUGUAUACGAAAAUGGAUCCAUAAAUAUUUACGGUAUGAAAACAAAAGCUAAAUUAGAAACUUUAAACUUCGAUGGGAAUUGUAGAAUUGCAAAAUUUAGCCCAAAAAAAAAAUUUCGUUUAGCAAUAGCUUCCCAUAAAGGGUCAAUAUUUUUAUAUGAUAUACAAUCGCAUAGGAAAAUAUUUCAAGCAAUUGACGCCCAUUCCGCUCCUUGUAGGGAUGUAGCUACUGCAGCUGACCAGCCAGAUUUAUUAUACAGUGCUGGAUAUGAUUCAAUUAUAAAUAUUUAUGACGUUAAAAAGAAAGCUAGGACACAACAAAUACAAUUUCGUUAUCCUCUAUCUACCAUUUCGGUAUCUGACUGUGGGACAUAUUGCGUUGCUGGGAAUCUAAAAGGAGAAUUGAUAUCUCAUGAUUUAAGGUUCUUAAAGAAGCCACUCGUAGAACGUAAAAUGCAUGAUUCCACAGUGAUAAGAGUAGCCUUUGUACCAUCAACCUUUAAAAAACAAUCAAGUGCAUUUUCUUCGCAAAUAGAAACUAAUGAAUCUCAUGAAAACAAUAGGAUGUCUACAAUGAGCAAUUUCAACAAUGAACAGCUUAUAGAACAAGAUAAUAAAAACCGAGAUUCGUUCUAUGAUUAUAUGGAAUUUCAAAGUUUACAUACUGUUAAUCAAAACUCCAAUAUAAAUCCAAGCAAAAAGUUACGAGAGAGUUUCGAUUGGGAUCAACUAGGAACGGUAAGACGCGAAAAUGAAAGACGUUUAAGUAGUAAAAUGUCUUUAGGGCUAAUUAAGAAGAGGUUAACCGAAGAUAAUUGCACAUCUAAUCAUAUUUCAUCCGAUGAAUUUAGUAUGCGAAAUAAAAAUGGUCUUUCUGAUACACCUAAUUUCACAGAAGGUAAAUUAAUGUCCUAUUCUAAAAUUCUUGAAGAAGAUGAUGAAGAAAAUUUAUUCGAUGAAAAUAACAAAAACCAAGAAAACAAAAAUGUGUCUAUAACUCCAAAAGAGAGCAUGAAUGUAUUUUUAAAUGCACCAAAUAAAAAUACUCGAAGCAGUACUCCUAAUAAUUUAGAAACUGAUGAGUUUCAAGAAUUAAAUAAUGUUAAUACAAGGCGUCGAGAAAAUACUGGAAUCAAUAUAGAAAUUUUAAAUCAAAUAAAGGAACUGAGAUUAGAUGUUGAAAAAAAAUUUGAAUAUUUGGAAAAUGAAAUUAAAUUCAACGCUGAAUCGAACAAAUGGAAUUUGUAUACACAAAAUUGCAAUUUUUGGAACAAACAGUAUCAAGUAAAUAAUGAUAUGUGCGAAGCUCUCGACAUAAUAUUACAUUCGGAUGAUUUUUACCAAGACUAUUGUAGAAUAAAAGAAGAAAACGAACAACUAAAAUUAACAAUAGAAAAAUUAAAUAAAAAUAAUUGCAUUUAAGAAAAUUAAAAAAAUUUGUUUCAAAUAUGUAUACUAAAAUCAUAAAGUCUUAUUUGUUGAAGCUUCAAUUUUUUAAAAAUUCUAUUGUAUUGUUCAUAUUUUGAUGAGAUUUUAAA